AUGCUUAUCCCCAAGGCCGAUCGCAAGAAGAUCCACGAGUACCUCUUCCGCGAGGGCGUACUCGUUGCUAAGAAGGAUUUCAACCUUCCCAAGCACGGUGACAUCGACACUAAGAACCUCUUUGUGAUCAAGGCUUUGCAGUCCCUUGACUCCCGAGGCUACGUUAAGACCCGUUUCUCGUGGCAGUACUACUACUACACCCUCACCCCCGAGGGUCUCGACUACCUCCGCGAGUGGCUUCACCUCCCUGCCGAGAUUGUGCCCCAGACACACAUCAAGCAGCAGCGCACCCACGCUCCCCCGCGUGGUAUGUUGGGCGGGGACGACCGUGAGCGCCGUGGUGGUGGCCGCGGUGGACGUGGCGACCGCGACGGCUACCGCCGUCGUGACGCCGGCGAGAAGGGCGAGGGCGGUGCCCCCGGUGACUUCAAACCCGAGUUUCGUGGUGGCUUCGGACGUGGACGUGGCGGCGCCGCUCCUUCUUCUUAG